AUGGUGCCCAGCCCGAGAAACCCUCUGUGGGGAGAGGAGUUCAACUUCCUGGUCUAUCAACUCCCUGUAGAGGUAACAGCAAACAGCAGCUUCCUCACUGAUGCAUUUGAAAUUUCAAAGUGCUCUGUUCUCAGUGAAGACGAAACUGGGGCUAGUUGGUAUGAACUGGACAGCAAAUUUGGUCAGAUCUGCUUGCGUCUUCGUUCAACAAAAGCAUUCCCAGAUUCUGAUAGCUCCUUUGAAGAAUUUACUGGAGCUGAGUCCCCAAGAAAGAUGAUACUGAAGAAGCAACGCCGAGAGAUGAUGGAAGGCAUUGGUCCUCUACAAACCAUAUAUAAACUUCCUCAUGAUGAAAUUGUUCACCAAUGUUACUCCUGUGCUCUGGAGAGGUGUCUCUUGUACCAUGGCCGUAUGUACAUCUCCCAAUGGCAUCUGUGCUUCCACUCUAACGUAUUCUCCAAACAAUUGAAUGUGAUUAUUCCAUUACAAGACAUAGACGAGAUAAAAAGAAGCCAGCAUUCUCUUAUCAACCCAGCCAUUACUAUUUUUCUUAAUGCUGGUGCAGGUGGACAUGGAACACCUCGUUCAUGCAGUCAAAAUGGAAGGGUUAGGUACACCUUCGCAUCAUUCUGGAGUAGAAACCGUACAUUUAGAGCACUAGAGACCACAUUACAUAGUUAUGAAGCAACAUUGGAAGCUGAAAAACAGGUGAGAGCACAUGUACUUCUACAAAAAGAAAGUAACAGCAUACUCGGUAGCAAGACAGACAGCACAAAGACACCACAAAAAAACAUUGAAAAGUCAACAUUGCAGCCUUUCAUCAACGAACGUGUUCUUGCAGAUGUAACCAGUAAGUUCUUCCCUGGUACACCGGAGAAGUUUUUCAGUACAAUAUUGGGUGACAAUUCAAUGUUUUUCCAGCAAUACCGAGAUGCAAGAAAAGAUACAGACUUGAAGUUGAGCAAGUGGUGUGCCUCAGAAGAGUACGGUGGGAGGGUUCGUGAAGUAACUUUCAGGUCACAAUGCCACAGUCCUUUGUGUCCUCCAGACACUGCGGUGACAGAAUGGCAGCAUGCUUCUUUCUCAAAGGAUAAGAGAAACUUGAUAUAUGAGACAAAGCACCAGGCACAUGAUGUUCCUUUUGGUUCUUACUUUGAGAUCCACUGCAGGUGGUCACUAAGAACAACCUCCAGUUCAACAUGUCAAGUAAAUAUAAAGAUCGGGGUAAACAUGAAGAAAUGGUGCAUAUUACAGUCCAGAAUAAAAUCUGGUGCAACUGAUGAGGUACGCAACACCACCCUUGAUAUGGUCUCCUAGCUAAAGAAUAUGUACCGGCAA